AUGACUUCAACUCAAGCGUCAUUGUUAUCUUACUUCCCCACCGCGCUCGAAUCACCCACAGCCACGGUACAUCUCGAAUACGAGCCAGACGCUCUUCCACCAAAACCCUCGGAGGACUGGACGCGCUUCGUGUGCAUUAGCGACACCCAUACCCAUACAUUUCAUGUCCCAGAUGGCGAUGUGUUGCUUCAUAGCGGGGACCUGACACACACCGGGAAAGUGGUUGAAUUUAAAAAGACGAUGGAGUGGCUGUAUGGAUUACCCCACAAGCUCAAGAUUAUCAUUGCAGGGAAUCAUGAUCUCACGUUGCAUGAGGAUUGGUACGCAGACGAGUAUGACAGAUGGCAUUGGUCCUCUGGAAAACAGGAUACCGCUCCCAUCCGAGAGAUGCUCAAAGGGAAGAGAGCCAUUGAUGCGGGCAUUGUCUACCUUCAAGACGAAGAGUACAAGUUCAAGGUCAGGGAAGAAGGAAGGGAAUGGAGCGUUUACGGCUCACCCUGGUCACCAGAGUUCUGCGAUUGGGCGUUCAACUACAAGAGAAGCGAAGCCGACCGCAUCGUCUCGAAGAUUCCUAAAACUGAUAUUCUGUUGACGCACGGCCCGCCGUUCGGAAUUUUUGACCGAUGCGUAGACGGCGAAGACGCUGGCUGUGAAAACCUCCGUGCCCGUUUGGCUGUACUAACACCUCGCAUCCAUCUCUUCGGACACAUCCACGAAGGACGGGGAGCGUAUAUUCACGCUUGGGACCCCAACAAUAAGGGAAAGAUCCCGCUUGUACAAUCUGACGACGAGAUUUCACAAGCGGAGAUGGACACUGAAGAAAUGGCAGGGUGGAAGAGAACCGCAUUCGUAAAUGCCGCAGCUUGGCCCGCUGGGACUAGAAGAUCGCGAGAUGGAGUAAGGAUGCCGUUUGGUGGGCCGGGGUUUCAACCUGUAGUCGUUGAUUUGAAGGAUUAA